CUUUAAACAAUAUGGCGUCGGAAUCACUUGGAUUGUAAAUCGUACUAUCUCUCCAGAGAUGAUAAGAGUUUAGUGAGAAACAACAACAUUUACAUCAACAUCCAAGAAAGGACAGAUCACUGCCAUGGUGCUUCAUCAUAACAUAAACCUUGGUCAGCGAGUUGAGGUCAAGAUUGGCUAUUCUGUGUUCAGGGGAAUGGUCAAGUAUAAGGGGACAGUGGUGGGACGGAAAGGUGAAUGGGUCGGAGUCAGUCUAGAUGUUCCAGCUGGAGACAAUGAUGGAAUGGUAUUAGGACGAAGAUAUUUCUCAUGCAAUAAAGAUCAAGGUGUCUUUGUCCGUGCCAACUGUGUUCGCUUUAUCCCUGUAGUACGGAGAUUGUUUAACAAAUACCAUCGAGUACGAGAGAAUUCUUAUGUUGAAGAGCCCCUCUUUGGUUCAGCUCCAGUUGCCUGCCAGGAACCUCCAAGAAUUUCAAAUCGUUACCAAGACCAGCUACAAUCUCGUCAUUCAUUUGAUGAUCUAAUGACUGGUCCAAAAACCCACCCACUGCUUCACUCCGUAGGUAACAAAAUCCCAGCUGCCACCAUGCGUCGUCCCAAAACUGCCAUGUCUCAAUUCUCCUACCUUUCUUCGCCAAUUCACCGUGAAUAUGCACCUGAAGGCGAGUUUAUCUCCACGCCAACCAUUCCAAAAACUCACAUGCCGCAUUCGGCUCUUCGUAACCAGGUUCAACGUGGUUGGGACGGUUCUCACUAUGUACGUGAGAUGUCUGUUGGGACGGGGAGAGACUCCAUGAAGCUGUCCCAGUGGAAUGAUAUAUCCUACUAAACCUGAUGAUUGAUACUUAGUUAUCAUAGAGAGAUUUUGUUGGAAAAUCAGAGACCUAUA